AUGCUGUCCAGCGGCGGAAUCAUAAAGAGAGAGGCCAACCAGAAGAGCGACAGAAAUGGGGACUGCUGGAGAAGCACAAAGUAUACUAACUAUUCAGAGCCCGGAGACACAGUACUAACAAGCCUUCAGGAUUACUCCGCACGUGCACGAGACUUCAACGACAAGAAGAAGAAGCUCAAGGCCCUGAAGCAAAAGGUCCUCGACAAAAAUCCAGAUGAAUUCUACUUUGGCAUGAUGUCUCGCAAGGGACCAGCGACCACAGGGAAAAGUCGAACGGGAACCAUCAAUGGCGAUAGAGGGAACGAGGCGCUAAAUCAGGAGGCUGUGCGGCUAUUCAAGACGCAAGACCUAGGUUAUGUUAGGACCAUGCGGAACAAGGCGCUAAAGGAGGUCGAUGAGUUGGAGAGGAUGGCUUUAGGAAUUAAGGGUGCUGGGAGGAAAGUCAUUUUCGUGGAUGAUGAAGACGAGCAGUGGCAGAAGGUGGAGAGUGCAGAUCAAGAUUUGGAACAUUUCGAUGAGGACUAUGAGGUCGAGGACUCUGAGUCUGACGACAUCGAGGCCAAGAACUUCAGGAAAAUGCAGCAGAAGGAAACGGAUAAGUUAGAGACUCGUUUGAACAUGGCGCGCGAACGUUUGGAUGUUCUUACCAAGACGGAACAGGCACUGGAAUUACAGCGAGCGAGGAUGGCAAAGUCACCGACCGUGGGAGGAGUCACGAAAAAAGGAGGUAAGUUUAAGGUGCGACAACGCAAGAGAUAA